AUGGAACAAGUUGGACAAAAUUGUCAUGAAAAUGAUGAACAACUUGCAAAUUCACAUUCUGAUGAUUCUCCCGAUAUCUCUUGUUCCUCUUCUUCCUCUCCAUCUCAUCAUCACCAUUCUACACCCUCAUCAACCUGCAGUUCAAGCCAAACUUCAUCAACAACAACAUUCUCCUCAUCACCAUUUACAUCUCCUUCUCUGUCAAAUGUCUCAUUUUCACGUAAUUCAUCCAACGUCAGGCUUCCCUCGUCAACCUCAUUGGAAGAGAUGAGCCCAACAUCACCAGAAAUCUGGUUACGGAAACAAGAAGAACACUUUCCACCAGCUUGUAAAAAGGGAGGCUCAUUGCCAAGAAGCUUUGAAUCAACAGCAUUCACCUCGUCAAGCCAAUUCUUUUGGCGAAGCAAGAAAAAAAGUGAAAGACGCCAUGAAAAAAAGGAAAAACAAGGAAAUACAAUCAACGAGAAACCAAGAAACAUGGAAAGCAAAGCUGAAGACAUUUGA